GUGGCAAGAUGAAGCAUCCUUCGUUAGUUGAUUAGAUAGGGCGACAAACCGUCAAGAAUACCGUUAGCGAGAAGCCGUGAAUCUGAUAUGUACGCAAUUUUUCAAGGAUAGGGCAACAAUUGUGAUCGUCUCCUUCCUCCCAUGAUCCAUCUGCUGAUUUCCUUCCCUCCCACCACAAGGUUUUUGACUUGUCUCUCCGCUGCUUCUGUUUCAAUUUUGACCUCGCCCACAUACCAAUUGGGCUUUUGGAGAUUAUUAUUGCAUCCUGUGGGAAGCUCAAAGCAACGGGGUGGAAAGAUGGCACUGCGUCUGAUUCUUCGGCAGUGUGGCCGCAACACCAUGUUGAAAUCCAACCACGCAUCGCUGCCUGUGCUUGUUGAGAAUGCAUGCAAGGCAGCUGAUGAUCAAAGCAGAGCAGCCUGCCAGCACGGCAGUGACGUCCGACUUUUCUCUGGCGCUGCCGCUCCUUCCGCUUUCAGCUCCACUCCCUACCGCUUCAUGAGCAGCUACACCAGCGCCACUCUCCCCCACAUCGAUGACGAGGAUGUCAGCAAGGCGAUCAAUGCCCUGCUCGCCUCCAACUGGCAAAAGCUCCCAGAGGAAGUCAAGAAGGACGUGCAGGCCGUCCUCAGCAAAGGCGGUUCUCAAUCGGAGCUGCUGAAGGACGCCUGGAGGGCUGCGGAUGCGGUUGAGAAGUUUUCAGACAGGCUGGAGCAGAUGAGGAUGGAGCUGGACGAUCAGAGCAAUGAUGGCAAUGCCACUAAGGACACGUUUGCGGCGGCGCUUGAGGCUGUGAAGGACCGGUAUGACCGGUACCUCGGGAGCUUUGGGCUGGACGAGAACUGGCUCAGGAAGAAGGUGGAGAUGGAGCUGGGCACGCCCAUCAUGCAGCUCAAGCAGCGCGUCAGCGGCCUUGGAGCAGAGUGGAGCAAGAUAAGCCUCUUGAGUACGACGGGAAUCUGGGGGUCUUACAUUGAGAGGAGAUAUGAAGCGUAACAAAACUGAAUGUUGAAAAGGGUCCACCGUCUCCCCCGCCCGUGCAUACACUUUUCGCAAGUAAACAUAGCUAGUUCCAGACACGAUUUCCCGAUAUGAAAAGGACAGAGUCGCUGGUUAUGGCAUGGUCCAUCAAGUAGGAGUGGCUAUGCUAGCUUCACACCACUUUGAAUUCUGCUGACAGCCAUUUUGUACAUACGGUUUCAAACAGUGCCGCAGGAUGGACUUACUGACAACAGUACUCAGGGCAUAUUUUGCCUGGACGCUUUGGCAUCUUUUGGUGGCCUAUAGCGCCCUGGAUAGAUGUUCACCAUUAGCACAUGGAUGUAUCUCCGAU